GGGGGGUGUACGCUGAGGUCGGAUCCUAAUCCUUCAGGCUUGACUGCAUCAUCACGGACAUGUCGGCUUUGGACCUUUGAAAAUGCAAAAUGCUCCCUGGACUUUUUUGUGCUUGAUUUCAUGGACGGCAGCGGCAGCUCGAUCGUGGCAGGAAGGUCAUAGUUCGUGGUCUCUGCCGCCGAGCGCCAGGAGGAUUCCCGGGAGCAUCGCAAAGCCGCAGCGGGACCGGCGAGUCUCCCCCCAGAGGGCACCAUGAACGACCCCUACCAGAACAACGUGAGCCAGCAGGUGAGCGAAGGAGGCGAGUACACCUACGGCCAAGAUGGCGGCGGCGGCGGGCGGGACGGGUACCCCUACCAGACGGACUACCCACCCCAGGAAGAGGACGCCGCCAGCGACGCCACCGAAGGCGCGGAUGAGGACGAACAGAUGUACGAGGGCGAGUACCAGGGUAUCCCGCACCCGGAUGAGAUCAAGGAGGCCCGGCGGGCGGCCCGGCUGGAGGCCAAGAGGAAGGCCCGGCAGGCCGCCCGGCAGGAGGAGCAGGAGGAGGAGGACAACCUACCCGAGCAGUACGAGAGCAUCAUGGAGGACUGCGGCCACGGACGCUUCCAGUGGAUGCUCUUCCUGGUGCUGGGGCUGGCGCUCAUGGCCGACGGCGUGGACGGCUUCGUGGUGGGAUUCGUCCUGCCCAGCGCCGAGAAGGACAUGUGCAUCUCCAACGCCAACAAGGGCCUGCUGGGCCUGCUGGUGUACGUGGCCAUGAUGGUGGGCGCCUUCGUGUGGGGGGGUCUUUGCGACAAGAUGGGCCGCAGGAAGUGCCUGAUCUACGUCCUGAGCGUCGACCUGGUCUUCUCUUUCCUGUCGUGCUUCGCUCAGGGCUACGGCUUCUUCCUCUUCUUCAGGUUCUGCUCCGGCUUGGGAAUCGGCGGCGCCAUCCCCAUCGUGUACACCUACUUCACAGAGUUCCUGCAGAUGGACAAACGUGGCGAACAUCUGAGCUGGCUCUGCAUGUUCUGGAUGCUGGGGGGCCUGUACGCCUCCUUCACUGCCUGGGGAAUCAUCCCGCACUACGGCUGGGGUUUCGCCAUCGGCACGGAAUUCCAGAUGCACAGCUGGAGGCUCUUCAUCCUGGUGUGUCUCCUUCCCGCCAUGGCCGCCCUCGUCGGCGUCGUCUUCAUGCCUGAAAGCCCUCGAUUCCUUCUGGAGAGUGCUCGACACGACGAGGCAUGGAUGAUCCUGCGUCAGGUCCACGACACCAACUGGAAGGCCAAAGGCGAGCCGGAAAGAGUCUUCACUGUGACCAACAUCAAGACGCCGCAGACGCAGGAGGACGAGUUCAUCGAGAUCCAGAGCGACACGGGCACCGCCUUCCAGCGCUGGACCGUCAGACACCUGACCAUGCUGCAGCAGGUGAUGGCGAACGUGAUGUCGUUGUCGGCGGCGGAGCUGCGACUGCAAGGCCUCUUCCUGGUGAUCGUUUGGUUCUGUCUGGCUUUCAGCUACCACGGACUAGGAGUGUGGUUCCCUGACAUGAUCAAGUACAUGCAGUACGAGGAGUACGAGUCCAAAGUACGCGUUUUCCAUCGGGAGCGCGUGGAACGUUUCCACUUCAAUUUCUCGCUAGUCAACCAGGUUCACCGCGAGGGCGAGUACAUUCACGACAAGUUUGAAAACAUCGAGAUUAAGUCGGUGAAGUUUGAAGAGUCGUUGUUCGAGAACUGCUACUUUGAAGACAUCAAGUCCACCAACACCUUCUUUGAGAACUGCACCAUCAAAAACACCGUCUUCUACAACACAGACCUGUGGCAGGAGAAGUUCAAGAACUGCCGCAUGGAGAACGCCACCUUCCUGCAUCCCAAGAAAGGCUGCCAUCUCAACUUCCAGGAGGAGAACGACAUCGUCAUCUACAUGGUCAGCUUCCUGGGCAGCUUAGCCGUGUUGCCCGGCAACAUCAUCUCCGCGCUCUUCAUGGACAAGAUCGGUAGAAUCCGAAUCAUAGGUGGUUCCAUGCUAGCGUCGUCCGCUUGUACGUUCCUGCUCCUGCUGAGCUUCAGCCAAGGAGCCGUGAUAUGCUGGCAGUGUCUCUUCUACGGCGCCAGCGUGGCGGCCUGGAACGGAUUGGAGGUCAUUUCUGUGGAACUCUACCCCUCCUCUAAAAGGGGAACAGCAUUUGGCAUCCUGAACGCCGUCUGCAAGCUGGCGGCCAUUAUUGCCAGCUUCAUCUUUGCCGCGUUCGUGGGUGUCACAAAGAUCAUCCCCAUCUUCUUGGCCUUCUCUGCGCUCGUCUGCGGAGGUCUUCUGGCGCUCAAGCUGCCCGAGACCCGGGAGAAGAUCCUCUCUUGAAAAGCCAAAAAGUCCCGCCGCCGCCGCAAAAAAAAAAAGACCGGGUCGCCAACCACGGCCGUGAGUCAUUUCAAGAAGCGGAACAUUUACGGAGAGGAGGAGGAACGGCGUGGAGAAGGUGUUGGUUAGAGGAUUGAUAUGUUUUACAAGAUGUCUGGUUGCCUGCGUGGACUUUGACUUCCUGUUCCUGCUGCCGCCCGGAUCAUACGUGAACAAGAAACUAGUGUUUUGUCUUUUUACUUGUCCUGUUUUCCAGUUUACAUGCUAUAGCUUGGCUUCAACAAGUAAACACCAAGCGGUACGCUUCCAUUGUUAAGAAUUAUCCGGACCAGGAUUGGGGCCACUUUUACGUUCGAUACGAAAAAACGAGUCGUCCAUUUGUGGCCUUUGUUCGCUGGCUGCUAACACUGUCAGUAACGCUAAUCUCUUUGGCUUUCCUGACGCUAGCAUAGCAAUGUGAGCUAACAUUCACGCUCACGUUUUAACAGCAACAUCAAGCUAGGUUAGGAUCAAAGGAUCCAAGGAUCAAACUUCUAGUUGACUCAUGGCAGUGCUUUAGUUUAAGUUGUGUAGCGAAGCCUGUUUUUGUUGGGGUUUUUUCACCUUUUUCCUUUGCGACGUGAGGAAAUUGAAAGUACAGUAAACCUCGGAUAUAUCGGAUUCAAUUGUUCCCACUGGUUUUGUCCGAUAUAAGCGAAAUCCGUUAUAUGCGUAUACCGGAAAAUGUCUGUUUUACGCAUAUAUCGGAUUUAUAUCCGGUAUAUACGUAAAUCGGAUUUUAUCCGUUAUAAAAAGGCACUUCCUUGACUAUGUUUCCAAUGUACCUGGACGCGCAGGCAACGCUGCAAACGCUGCAAAUGUCGUAUAGCGGCCUGUCACGAUUCGGCGAAUCGGAGCGCCACGAUGCGGCCAUCAGAUAUAUGCGAGGGAAAUUUAAUGGAAAUGCAUUGGAACGGGACUGGAGAUUUUGUCCGAAAUAGGCAAAAUCCGUUAUAAAAAAUCUGAUAUAUGCAAUGAAUUUUUAUUGGAAAUGCAUUACAGAAAAAUUGGUUCUUUUUUAUCUGUCCGUUGUGAGCGAAUUUCCGAUAUAUCCGAGUCCGAUAUAUCCGAGGUUUACUGUAGUAGCGUGUAGUAAUACGUCAAUGGAAGUGUACCGCUUGGUGGAACGUUAGCUAGCAAAAGACGCAAACCACAUGAAUGCGUCUUUUCCAAAAUGAAAAGCCUGCACUUAUGAAUACCCUAGCUUCUUUUCCAUGGACUUCAAGGUCACUCUAAGGAAACGUCCCUUUUCUCCUUCCUGCUGGUCCUGAGCGGAGGUAGUGUGUCAUGUAGCCUUGUCGUGCUAUCUAGUACUUUCUCUUUCUUUUCCGUGUUUCUCUUGUGGUUGUUUGUUUUUUUUUUUUAAUGGGAACGAGUGUAUUGGUUGUUUUUGCUAUGAUGCUCGUUCUCACACAACCUUCUUCUUCUUCUGACAACGUGUCAACAUUUCUAAGGCGUGUGUUACUUUCUUGGCAUGACCGUGUGUGUGUGUGUGUGUGUGUGCGUGUUCAACACAAUAGUGUGAGUGUGAUAUACGUGCUGUUUGUGCUUGUACAUGCCGUAGCGUGGUGUGACUUAGCUGUAUGCUAGUAGCGCUGUCAUGACUUGAAUAAAGGCCAGGGAUCCCACCUUU